GAACAGAAGAGUAUAGUGGUACGGAUGUUUCGGCCGUACCCAGUAAUACCAAAUCUGGAUACUGCGUGCGUAAAAACAAGCUGAAAGAGUUGCCAUUUAUAGCUCGCGAGCUUCAAUUCUCUUCUCUUCAUCCCCACUUCCAACUUCACCGGUAUCUUACACACUACAGAGACUCCAUCUCCAUCUCCAUCUCCAUCUCCAUCUCGUACGCACGUACCCAAAGAGACGGCUUCGGUUCUUGCUGUGCGAGUUGCAGGUAACACGGAGAGACGAUGAGCGUGCUCGUCCCCGACGGCGGCGAGGACUUCUCGGUACCCUUCUCAACGAGGGUCGAAGAUGAGAUCAUGGAGCUGCUCUGGGAAGACGGGCGGCUCGUCGUUCAGAGCCUCGUCGUUCAGAACCAGAGGCCGGCCAAGGCGCGAGCCGGGACCGGGGCGGGCGGCGGAGGGUCCCGCGAGGGGGAACGCCAGCGACACCGUCGCCCCUUCAUCCAGGAAGACGAGGUGGACUCGUGGCUACAGUACCCCUUCGACAUCUUCGACGGCGGCGGCUUCGGCUCCGACCUCCCGUGCUCGCCCACGCCCUGCGUCACUUCGAUCUCCGACGCCGAUUGCGACUUCGGAACCGCCGAUUCCCGCGAGGUUACGAGCGAGAACGGCGCGUCGGAGGGCUCCGCGCUCGUUCCGAAGGCAGCGACGGGGGAAUUGAGUCCGCCGGUCUCGAAUGAGCUGACUGCGGCGGAGCCGAACGGGACUGCACCUCCCGCGAGCUCGGGAGGCGUGAGAGGUGACAUGAGGCGGGAGAGGGCUAGCGGCGCGGCGGUGGAUGCUCCGACAGGCGGCGGCGGCGGCGUCGGUGAGGAGGGGGUGGCUCGUGAUGAGACGAUGGUGACGUCACGGCCAGUCGGGUCCACCACAACCGGCACAGGGCGGCUAGCUCCGGCGGGGGCGGCAUCACAGCUGGGUAUGCAGAGGGAGAAGAGGAAGCGCGAAGGGAGAGAGGCAGGGGACGUUGAGUGGCUCCGUGACGAGAAGGACGUCCGUUUUAAAUCUGCUAAUGCAAAGGAGCGAGCUGCUAAAUCAACCCCUGCAAAAAGAUCUCGUCGUGCAAAUGUCCACAAUCUGUCGGAGAGGAGACGCAGAGACAGAAUCAGUAGCAAGAUGAGGGCCUUGCAAGAACUUAUUCCUCAGUGCACCAAGGCUGAUAAAGCGUCAUUGCUGGAUGAAGCAAUCGAGUACUUGAAGUCGCUUCAAUUGCAAGUGCAGAUGAUGUCCAUGGGGUGCGGUGUGGUCCCUGUAGUAUUUCCUGGUGCACAAGCCUACAUGCCAUGCAUGAACAUGGGCACUACGACGGAUGCAGGCAUGAAUCGCCCCAUGAUGCUAUUUCCUAACAUCUUGACUAGUUCGAUGAUGCAACCGUCAACUUAUGGUGCUCACUUGGGCCCUGGGUUCCCUGUUUCAACCUUUAGCAUGCAGCAAGAAACUCCUAGUCAAUUCAGAACACCAUCACCUAGUCACUUGGAUCCAACAUUAAGCUCACAGAUGAUUCAUAAUCUGAGCCAUCAAUUUCCUGCAAAUUCCAGUUCCUUUCAGCAGCAGUUUGGCCUUUAUUAUAUGCAACGACCACCACAAUAGAUUGACAUAGACAGUCGCAUAUCAAAGAGAACAGGACCGAGUUAUGAUCCAGCCUGGUGGUGCCAAGCCAAAGUAGGAGCGGAGGAGGUCAGUAUCAGAGCCUGCAUUGUGAAGUUGUGAACUGUGAUUAUCAUGUCGGUGCAUGCUGCUGAUCCACAAGUUGAAAAACUCUAUUUUUCAUGAGUAAUUACUUAGAAGGAGAAGAAUAGAGGUCAAAGUGAGUUUAUUUGAGGCAAAGUGAGUUGCUUGCGGAUUUAUCGAUAUCAAUACAUUGGGGGUGCUUUUUUUUUUCAUUGUGGGAUUGAUAAGGGCUGAUAUCGUCUCUGAAACAUUAGAACAAUGCUCUGCUCUUACUUCUAUAGUAGGUGCCUGAUUAGGAGAAAGGAGGCCUUCCUCAAUUGAUUAGUUCUCUGUCGUUUCUUGGUGUAGUUAUAAAGUCAAUUGAACUCGGCAUCAAUAACGUGUCCGUCGUUUUUUGCAAUCUUCGAUUCGACCCGAGUCACUGAAUUUAAAAUUUUGUGCCUCCUUAUAGGCUCGGCGCCAUUAAGCUCGGCUAUCCAUGCAUUCUCACCUCAUGUUGACGGUGAAAGACCGGCCCAAAGGAGAUUCCUGGCUAAUUCAGCUAA